AUGCCGAAAGGAAGCGAUCGCGUGGCGGCGUUAAGAAAUCUAGGCCUUACUUUUGAGGAAGGCGACCGACGGAUAUCCAAAUUAGCUACACCCACCGCAACCGACAAGAUGCCCACCUUUGUGGAUGCGAACCAAAUCGAGAUACUUUUACGUCGAAAGCUGAUGCAAGGAAGAUCCAACGAGCAAGACGAGUCGACCUCCACGUAA